AUGAAUUGGUCUUUGAUCAUUCUCGGUUUGGUUGCGUUAUCAAGCGUAGCCAUUGCUGAAAACUCGUAUCUUAUUAUCGCACCUAAACUUCUCAAAGUUGGGUUCGACAAUCAACUUUCCGUUUUUAUUGCUGCGGCUUCACAACCAGUUGAAGUCAAGUAUGAAUUAAUUAUCGGACAACAACGCGUCAGCGGUUCAACCACAGUCAAAGCCGGUGAAACACGUAAUGCCACCAUUACCCUUCCAAUGGAAUUUCCAGUUGGUGCUGCUGAAUUAAUCUUCACAGCAACUGGCGGUAUUCGUUUCGAAGAUAAACGUGACGUUAUUGUCUAUGACAACCGUUAUGUUCUUCUCGUUCAAACAUCAUCAUCCAGCUAUCGCCCAGGUGAUGAUAUGGAACUGCGCCUCAUUGCUACCAAUGACGAACUUCUUCCACUUGAAAACUCGGCUGCUGAAAUUGAAAUCUACGAUGCUAACCUCAAACUUGUUGGUGAAUUUCCAAUUGUCCCAAUUCGUUCUGGCAUUUCAGACACAAUUAUCUUUCCAAUUGGUGAAUACUGUAAUGUUGGUACAUGGCUCGUUUCAGCCACCAUUGGCAAUACCACAUCAUCUGUUGAAGUAAUUGUUACUCGUCCAAUGACUCCAUCAUUUGAUCUUAAAGGUAUCUUCCAACGAUUCUUUCUCCGUACAGACAAAUUCCUUCGUGGUGUUAUUGAAAUCGAUAACGAUAACAACGAACCAAUCUUCGGUCGUGGUUUAAUUGCCGUCGGUUCAAUCACUGAAGAAGAUGUUCAAAACAUGAUGAAAGAACAAGCUGAAAAAGCAGAAGAAGCUCGUCGCAACCCAUCACUAAAACCCAAACCAGAACCAGUUGCUGAAGAAUGGCGCAAAUGGAAAUCACAAACCAUGGACAUUGCUGGCCGUAUUGAAAUCAACUACGAUCUUAUGACAUUAUUCAACGUUGAUAUCACAAAAGUCAUUGCUGUUCAAGUUUACGUUCAAGUCACCGAUCUUGAAUCAGGCCAAGAACGUUUCAUUCAACAUGUCAUUCCAGUGUUUUCACGUGAUGUUGUUUAUGACAUUCGUCCACUUGAAUUCGAAGCUGGAUUCGAAAACGAAUUCGAACUUGUUGCCAAACGCCCAGAUGGUAAACCAGCCAAAAUGGAAGAUGUCAUUGUCACACUCACAAUGAUGAUUGGUAAUGAACAAGGCAAAGUCCAAGAUCAAAAAAUGGUCGAAAUCAAAGAUUUCUACACACGUGGUCGCAAUGAUAUUGCUUUCUUCAAUGUUGAAAUCCCAGAAAACUGCAUUGGUCUUCUCAUGACAAUUACACCAUUGAGUGAAGAUGGUAAAGUCCGUGGCUAUCGUACACAUGCUAUUCCACUUAUGCCAAAACCACGACGUGGUGUUAGCGGUGGCAAAUUGACAAUUGAACUUUUACCAGGAAUGACAGCUCCAGUUUCAACUGAUGCUUCAGUUAUCAGCUCACAAAUCUCAACUGUUGGUCGUACAUCAAACUUCUACAUUCAAUUAGUUCCAGCUAAGACAAUGAAGAAAUUUGAACCAUUACCAAUGUCCUUCGUUAUUUUAACCAACGGUCGUAUCACACGCACUGGUCAAUUUUGGAUCAAACCAACAAAAGAAUGCGGAUCAAUGAAACGUGCUAUCAAAACAGAAGAACCAUCAGCUCCAAUCUGUGUCUUCAAUGGUACAUUACCAGUCGAAGUUACACGUGAUAUGGUUCCAUACUCAACUUUACUUGUCUAUACCUUCCAACCAACAUUCGGUUUCAAUGUUGCUGAAACAUACCGAUUCUCAGUUGCUGGUCUCUUCCAAAGUACAUUAACAUUGAAUGCUACAAUUGUUCCAUAUUCAUUCACAAAUGCAAUGGUUGGUAACAACAACGAUGAAUCAGUCGAAGAUUUCAGUUCAUCGGAAGAUGUUGAUCUUAACUCGGUUCCACUCUCCAAACUUGCUCAAGACAAAAAACGUAUCGAACUUUCAUUCGCCGGUACACCAGACUCAACUGUUGGCCUCAACGUUAUGGAAUACGAUGCCGUUAUUCAAGGUUUAUCAACCCGAAUGACCAAAGAACGUGUUCUCCAAUAUUUAACAUCAUACGAACAAGUACCUAUUCUCGGUAUGCCAACCAUGACACCAACAGGACAAAGCGGAAUGAACAAACGUGAAGAUGGUGAAGGUGAUCUAGAGGAUGAUGUGAAAAAACCAGAAACACGAGCUGUCUUAAGCGAAGAAGGUGAAGAACGCAAAAUGGUUCAAGAACAAAUGGGAUACAAAGUUCGUUACCCAGUCGAAUGCAUGAUCUUCGGUGACUGCUCAUCCCGUCAAACAAAGACAGUCGAAGGUGAUGAUGCAUACACAACAUCAAACAUGGGACGAUUAUAUGGUGAUGUUCAAUCUCGAGGACCACAAUCACACUAUCGCCGACGUGCUUUGAAAUCAGGCCAAUUCGAUGCUAUUGUUGAUGACAACGCCUACGUUGUUGCUACAAGCACUCCACUUGUCUUCAAACCAACUCCAGGUGCUACACCCAUGCGACCAGAAGAAGAACGACAAGAUAAAGAUGAUGUUGAACUUGAACAAGGACAAUCGCGUCAACACGGUACUCCAUCAUGGUACGAAAAAAUGCACAGCAAAUUGACACCAAUCACCCAAGAAGCAUUCACCUUCAUGCAAUCAGGUUUAACAGUUGUUUCUGACUUCUCUGCAUUAAACCUUCCAGCUGAAAUGCGACGAACAAACUUGACCAAAUUAUUCUCACAAAUGCGUCAACGAUCAUUUAUUGAUACUGAAUCAUUCAGCGUUCGCGAUGAAGCUCGUCAAUUACUUGAAGAAUACCUCGCUGCAUCUGACUUGACCAUGAUUCCACCACCAGCUAUGCUCGAAGAACAAUCCCGCACUGGUUAUUACCGUUCAAUCUUCUUCAACACAAGUCGUAUUGAAGCUCAAGGUACAGGCAAAGUUGUUCUUCCACGAAUCAAACCAUAUUCAACAUGGAUUGCUACUGGAUUCNCAACACCACCACGUCCAUCACCCCCCCGUGUUUAA